AUGCCUUUGUAUGAAUUCUUUUUCCGAGAGCGGAUGCUGAGGACUCAUGCCCCCCCCCCCCCCACCUUCCUGGCAGAGGACCAGCCGCGGAGGACCCAAAGGGAAGCGUCUCUAAGGGACCACAAAGAGUACAUGGUGUUUCAAGAGAUGUAUUCUGGAAGAUCCUCGAGUCAUGCAGGACCAGCCAAGAGAAAAGAAUACCUCUUGUGUCAAGGGAUUUCUUCUGGAUGGAAGAGCAUCGAGUCCUUUAAGAACAGCCUAGAGAAAAGAGCGGAUGCUGAGGACUCAUGCCCUCCCCCCCCCACCUUCCUGGCAGAGGACCAGCCGCGGAGGACCCAAAGGGAAGCGUCUCUAAGGGACCACAAAGAGUACAUGGUGUUUCAAGAGAUGUAUUCUGGAAGAUCCUCGAGUCAUGCAGGACCAGCCAAGAGAAAAGAAUACCUCUUGUGUCAAGGGAUUUCUUCUGGAUGGAAGAGCAUCGAGUCCUUUAAGAACAGCCUAGAGAAAAGAGCGGAUGCUGAGGACUCAUGCCCUCCCCCCCCCCACCUUCCUGGCAGAGGACCAGCCGCGGAGGACCCAAAGGGAAGCGUCUCUAAGGGACCACAAAGAGUACAUGGUGUUUCAAGAGAUGUAUUCUGGAAGAUCCUCGAGUCAUGCAGGACCAGCCAAGAGAAAAGAAUACCUCUUGUGUCAAGGGAUUUCUUCUGGAUGGAAGAGCAUCGAGUCCUUUAAGAACAGCCUAGAGAAAAGAGCGGAUGCUGAGGACUCAUGCCCCCCCCCCCCCACCUUCCUGGCAGAGGACCAGCCGCGGAGGACCCAAAGGGAAGCGUCUCUAAG